GCGUCAAACAACGCAACUUCCAAACGCUCGCUACGUUCACUCGCGGAUGGACGUAAGUUUCUGUUUCGCUCUCUUCUGGCAUCCGGGAUUGCCAUUAAUAGUAACUACUAAUGUAAGAGGUGAAUUGUAAUGGUUUGUUGUGUUGGAGAAGAAGUGAUUGUGGGGGAAUCCUCCAGUUGAGUGCGCUUUCCUAGAAGCAAAGCAAAGUUACAAAAAAGUUCUUGUCUGCGAGACGAGAUUGAUCCACAGGAAACACCAUUAAUGAGCUGUUCUGUGGUAAAAUCUCGAUUGGAUUGUGUGUCGCUGUGAAUCGCGGUGCCGGAAGUGUGUGCGAAGAUACGCAGUAAACUCAGGGCUUUGUUAGAGUUCUCCUGACAACCAUUCCGUCGUUUGUUUUCUGGUUCUGCGCCCUGCGGGAAAAUAAAGUACCGUACAAAGGAUUGUGCAAAACUGUGUCCGCGAAUGUACAUGUGUCUGUGUGUGAGUGUGAAGCUGGCAACAUAAAAGCCAAAACACAGAAAGGGGAAGCUGAAGCAUAGAAUUUAUGUCAGGUCAAGAGUUUAUUGACAUUUUGGAUACGGACGAAAGCUCCGUUGCAAUGUUUACAUAUUAUCCGCAACAUAACAUCAUCACGAAUUGCUCGCGGAGGUUUUAAUGAUAUCUUCGUGUGGUCCUAAUAGAACACGACCAAACAUUCAGUGCAUGCUUCUGCUGGAGUGGAGAGUAGCUUAAAAUGUCUAUGCGCGGAAUUACACGAAACGCAAUAAAUAGUCACGAGCAGUAAUAUGUUCCGUUACCAAUAGCGUUUCAAGUCGCGAUACGCGAGAGGCAAACAAAAAAGUGGUAUACCAGAUUUAAGCGUGGGGCAUAGCGAAUGGGCGCAGAUUGGAUCCAUUGCUAACAAUUCACGCGAAAGGAAUUGCAUAAGUGUAAGCAAUCAUUAAUCGGUGGAACGAUCGGAGGCAUAAUACGACAACAGUGUUUUACGCUGUUAUUGACACUGCUGAAAACCGGAUUACUGGCCAGCAGCGCGCGGAAUCGUGAUCUUUGCACCUGAACUGAUCUCUGGUACAAGACUGGAAUUGAAACGAACUCUUGCUGGUGACAUCCAUUUGGUCCCCGAGAUGGAGAGGAUGACGCAACAACAAACCGACUGCGGGUCCAAGCUCACGUGUUUCCCAGAAACAAUGAAGCAGAGGGGGGGGGACUUUGAACCACUGUGAACAAGAGUCGCGCGUAGACACGUUGCGUUUUAGGAAACCAUUGUCUCACGUUCAUAUCUGUGUGUGUGUGUGUGUGUUCGCUAAUCUCACCCCCAGAAGAGAGAAAAAAAAGACUCCAUCUGUCUGUCCGCAGAUCAGAUCAGAAUUAUGAAAUGUGAACACCCCACUUGAUCCCCCCCCCAUCCAUUCGCGUGGUGGAGGACAGAAUAAUGGCCGCCUCGCCCAGACACUAAUUAUCAUUCUAAUUUGCUUAAUCAAAUAAGUGCAGGAACGAGACAAAAAAAAUGCGCGGGAAAUGGACGACUCUCUUGCUGAUGGUUUCAUCAAGUAAUGGAAAUUUAUGCUUUUCUAAGCAGUACUGCUCUUGGUAAAGCAGCGUGGGGUGUUAUCUUCUAAUUAUAAGAUUUGCCUAAUGAUGCCAGCCACGCUGAAGUGGAUUGGUGGCGUUCAAAAUAGGCCAAUUAACACACAGCCAGUGGUGGCGGCGACGCGGUGGCAUUCUCCCUCUCUUCCAGCGGACACGUGUUUAUGGCAAACGACGAAUUCACGCUUCAACGGACUACUCGAGAAGACGCACCGGACCAAUAGUCUCCGGGGAGUCAUUGGCAACAGCGCUAGGAAUUCCCACCGCUGAAAGGAUAAUGCUGAGAAAAUAAUAAUCGCUCUCGAAGGAAUCGGACAGCUCGUCAGCAGUGGCAAUCGUGAGUGCUAACGGGAAAGGUUGUUUGCUCGGCAAAAUGACUCUCUACUGGUGGACUCACUGGUUCUGGAUUACCGUGUGGGGAGUGGUUCUCAUCGAAUGCGCACCGCUUAGUUCAAUUGAUUUCUACCCAAGCAAACUGUCGCUCAAACCCGAGGAUGGUGGAAACAAAUCAACCUAUCUCAAACGUGCGGGGGAAUAUGCUCCCCCGAUAGUAGCCAGUGGCAUUCCCAGACUAGGUGCACCAUUUAUAUCGUCGUUUCCGCCGGUGGCUUCGCCAGCGGAUCCAACGGUGAACAGUGUCGUACCCCAGGAAGACAUUGAUGACACAUUCGCUAGUGGAAGUUUGGCUGGCACAGACUUCGGGCCCGAUGUGGUCAGAUAUACGCGGAAGGACAGUGUUACGACCAGUACCAUUUCGGGGGCUCGAGACUCUGAUGAAGCGCCACCCGUUUCCAGUACAACUGCCGCAGCAAUCGCCAAUCUGGGGCGAUUCAAGAAGAAUGGAACAAUUUUCGUCAGAAAUGAGCAGAACAUCACAACGUUGAAGCUGAAAAAUUACAAUCGUGGGACGGAGAAAGAGGAACUCAGAACAUCUACCCGGUUUCCAGAGCGUGGUUCGCGUUUGGUGGAAACCCUGAUGCUUACGGCUGUCGUGAAUACCACCAACGCAACCGAAAUGAACCUGCAAAAGGUUUCCGAUGGGGAAUCGGAAGAAGACCACGGUAACAGCACCGAUGUGAACAUUCCCGAGGAAUUAUUCGGCGAAAAUACAACCUUUCCAGUGCUAUCAUCUGAUGAUGGCCCAAAAGCACCAGAACCCAGUGAAAUCAACAGUAGCUUUAGUACCGAUAGUGAUAGCAAUAGUAGUAGAAAUAGUAUUAACAGUAAUAGUAGUAGCAGCAGUAGCAGUAUCUUCAGUGAUAGUAGUGAGAGGGACAUUCCCGAUAGCCAUAGUAAUAGUAACAAUGCCACCAGCGGUGGCAUUAUCACCAGCGAUCGACGAAUAGGCAAGAUCCUUGCGUCCGACUUUCGGGACUUUGUUAGCAGUGGAAGCAACAGUCCGAAUGCCAGCAGCUACAUUUCCCGAACGAUCGCUUUCUCUACCCAAAACCUGCAGGAGGGAAUUGAUGACCAAGAUCACCCACUGGAAGACGAUGACUACCGGCGAAGUGCACGCAACCAGCAGAGGCUGAAUGUCGGUGCGAUUUCCGGGAUCUGUUUGGCCUCGCUGGGACUACUCUCGGGGAUUUCCGCCGCCCUGGUCAUCCUCUAUCGGCGAUAUCUCUAUCUGAAUAAGCCCCAGACGCUGAGCGAACCGGACUCCAGUGGGUACAUCGAUGACAGUACAAUUCGGGACAACUCGGACGAGAUGUACAGUUUGGACAAUGAUUCGUUCCUUAACUCGCUGGAAGCAAUGACCAUUCAGAACUAUUGGACCGAUAACGUAAAACAUACAAAGCUCUAGAGCGAACACGCAAUUGAAAAAUGUGAGUUCUUAGUUUUGACAUAAUAUUAAUAACUAAUUAUUUGUUGCAAUCAUUCCAUCACGAGCCGUCCUUUAGUAUAUCUUAUAUUUAUAAUUAACUAUGGGUUAUUGGUUAAGUAUUACAUUCCUGACAUAUCUUUACUCGAUUAAGAGUAGUGCGAUUAGAUAAAAGGUUCGUUGAUUAAUUUCCCCUGGUUUGUGCCUCCCAUCAUAUCGACGGGGGGGAGAGAUGAUAAGAUAAUGAAUGUGUGUUACGUUGUAACUAGACAAUGGGUUUGUGAUUGGAAAAGACAAGGCAGUAGGACAAUGAAAAGCAUGAAAUAUAUUUAUACCAUUUAAUAAUAGAAUUGACGGGAAUGCAGCAUUUGGAACGGAAGCAAAUUCUGGGCGAAUCGAUCGCAGCAUUAUUGCGUCUAAUAUGGUUCGAAUACAUCACUGAGACAGAAACACAAAACAAAAUCCGUUAAAUCAAAAUUCUUACGUGAGAAUAUUUAGAUAUUGUGUAGCUCAUGUUUACGUAAGACGCAAACGACGACAUUGAUCGCAGAAAAAACAACAAUAAUCAUUGUUUUUGCAUCGCAUUGAGCGUCCAAAACGAUUGUACAACUUUUCAGAAUCUGUUAUUUCGUGAAUAAACAGGCUAAAUUGGAUGAAAUUGAUGUUAAAA